GACAAAAUCGUAAUAGAACCCAAGACCCCACCUCAAGCAAUAACACCGAAAGCAAACCAUUCAAAAGUCGUCGCCAUUCCCUUUUUCUCUGAGUUUCAUAUAAUCGUCGACUUCAACGCCUUUGGGUCCCUCCGGGGACCGGCAAACAAAAAGGUCUUCAACGCUGUUCCCUGAACCAGUUGAAGACCUUUUUAUUCUAAAAUUUUCCAAUCAUUUAACCCAUGAUUUCAAUCUAAUUCUCAAAGCGUUGUGUGCGUAAAUAUAAUAUUCGAGUGAUAAUGGGUUGCCGCAGCAGCAAGGCAGCUGAUGCUAGCACAAUUUCGCGAUGGCGUUCCACUGGCAUCGUUGCUUUACGCGACUCUAAAUUGAAGACAUUUCCUGAUGAAGUUUUUGACCUGGAAAGAUCUGUACGUACCCUCGACUUAACACACAAUAAACUGGUUGAAAUUCCCAUGGAGAUCAACAAACUAAAUAACUUACAACGACUUAUUUUAGCUGAUAACGUUAUUGAGCGCCUUCCCAUGAAUCUGGGGUUGCUUCAGUCUUUGAAAGUGGCAACACUUGAUGGGAAUCGGAUCACAAACUUGCCUGAUGAAUUGGGACAGUUGGUGAAACUUGAGCGUCUGUCUAUCUCAGCAAACUUGUUGACAAGCUUGCCUGACACAAUCGGGAGCUUGCGGAGUUUGGUUUUGUUAAAUGUUUCAAACAACAAGUUAAAAUUUCUUCCGGAAUCAAUUGGAAGUUGCUUUUCUUUGGAAGAACUGCAAGCAAAUGAUAACUCUAUUGAAGAGCUUCCUGGUUCAAUUUGCAAUCUCAUUCAACUAAAAUCACUCUGUUUGAACAAUAAUAAUCUCAAUCAGAUGCCUCUAAAUUUAUUAAAAGAAUGCAAGGGCUUGCAGAGCAUAGCCCUACAUGGCAAUCCAAUUUCCAUGGACCAAUUUCAACAAAUGGAAGGAUUUCAAGAAUUUGAAACCAGGCGUAAAAAGAAGUUCGACAAACAAAUUGAUUCAAAUGUGAUAAUUAGUUCUAAAGGGCUUGACGAGGGUGUUGAUUUGUGAUACCAAUGUUGCCGUAUUUUUUACUGCUGGCCAACUUGUUUUGUUGCAGUUGGUGGAAAUGUGAGGCGUUGUAACUGUUUGACUUCGAUAAAUGGCUGUUACUGCUGACUGCUAAGAAUAUGCUCAGGCUAUUCAACAGUUCUUCGUGGAUUAUUAACGUUGACAAACAGGGCAAUGUAUCUACACUGAGUUAUGAGUUAUAGUAAUUGUAAAUGUUCUGUAUUUCAAGUUUUCCAAUCACUUGUUUCUUUUUGUAAAAUCUAUGUAUAUAUUUACUUAGAUUAAACUUGGUUAUAGGUGCAACAUUUUGGAACAAAAUAUAUCAGUUUUUAUAACA